AGUAGUCCACUCCGCCUCUUCCGCUUCGUGAGCAAAACAAUCCCGCAUGAGGCUAACUAGCAAUUACAACAAACAUAGACUAUUUUGUUAUAUUUCUACCCUGACGAACCAAGUACACAUCGGAAACAGCUCGUCCAGUCAGAGUAGAUUACAUGUUAUGUUUUUAGCUAAACGGCACCAGAAAAAUAACUGAGGCUUAAAUACAGUGGCGUGCUAACGUUAGCCGAGUAAGCUAACUAGAUUACCACGGUAAUGGCAGCGUCAACUCCUCCUCCGAUUUGUGCUCCUGUUUUAAGUCAGAAGCAACGCAGGGCAGCUCAAAGGAAAGAGAGAAGGAAACGGAAACGCCAAGCUCUUGCCCAAGCCAGAGAAUGUGAUUUAAAUAACGGAGAAAGCUUUGCCCCUGAAGAAGAGGAUGAUGGAGAUGAUGAGGACGACACUGCUGAGAAGGAAAGACUGCGGCUCCAUGAAGAGUGGCUGGAAAGAGAGAGGCUUGCCCAGGAGGAAUUCAGGCUGCAGUCAGAGAGGGAAGAAGCUGCAAGGAAAAGAAAAGAGGAGGAGGAGCAAAUGAUAAAGGAGGAAUGGGAGGCCCAGCAGAGGAAAGAACAAGCAGAAAAAGAGCAAAAGCUGCAGGAGAAGCGAAACAGAGAGGAGGCUGUUCAGAAAAUGUUGGAUGAAGCUGAGAAUCAGCUAGAAAAUGGAGGACCGUGGAUGAAUCCUGAGGCUCCUGUGACGGUGAACUCGGAGAACUUUGGAACAGAACGUGACGUAGCAAACUGCCCUUUCUUCCUUAAAACCGGAGCCUGUCGAUUUGGAGACAGAUGUUCUCGGAAGCACGUUCAUCCCACAAUUAGUACAACUCUGAUGGUCGUCGGUAUGUUUCGAACAUUCGGCAUGGAGGAGUCGCGCCGCGAUGAUUACGACAUGGACGCUUGUCUGGAGCACAGCGAGGAGGAUCUGCACGAGUCCUUCCUCGAGUUCUACCACGAUGUACUGCCGGAGUUCAGAAGUAUCGGCAAGGUGGUGCAGUUCAAGGUCAGCUGCAAUUAUGAACCUCACCUGAGAGGAAAUGUUUACAUUCAGUUCGACACGGAGGAUGAGUGCAAAGAGGCCUUCAUCAGGUUCAAUGGGAGGUGGUAUGCAGGCCGACAGCUUCACUGUGAGUUAUGUCCUGUGACACGGUGGAAGAACGCAAUAUGUGGAUUGUUUGACAGACAGAAGUGCCCCAAAGGGAAGCACUGUAACUUUCUGCACGUGUUUCGAAAUCCUGGCAACGAAUUCUGGGAGGCCGACAGGGACCUGCAGUUGUCCCCGAACCGCAGCGUCAGAGGGAGUCGCAGGGACGGAUGGCAGUCAGAGCGAUACGGAGAUCGAUCGUGGAGGCAACGACGCUACAGCAGGAGCCCAGUAAGAUCGGAGAGAUCGCACAGCAGACGAGAGGACGACCGGCGGAGGAGCAGGAGCAGAGAGAGGAGAGACGACAAAUGGUCGUCCAGAUCCCGACACAGUGACAGGAGGACAAAUGUGAGCAAAAGUAGAGAUAAGUCGAGGAGCAGGAGUAGAGAUAGAGAGCGAGACAGGAGGAGAAACAGGAGUAGAGAUAAAGACAGGGAGCAUAGGAAUAGAAGUGAAGACAGAGACAGUAGAGACAGAGAUGAAGACACUCACCGAGACGCAAGAGAAAGGUCAAGAAGCACAAGCAGAGAGAGGGAAAGAAGGAAGCGAAGUAGAGAAUCAAGUCCAAAGAAUCCAGAUAAAGGCAAAAGGAAAUCCAAGGAUGAGUCCGAUACACAGCGCUGCCACAAACGCUCCAAGAAGAGCAAGAAGAAGAGCAAGAAGAAGCAUAAAAAGAAAAGCCAUGCACCUGAAGAGACUACUUCAUCUGGAGAGUCAGACAAGGAGAAAGAAUCAGAGGAAAAGACAGCGGAGAAACAAUCUGAAACAAGUCCCAGUGGAGACAUAGAUGAAACAGAACGGACUCAGAAAAACAAGGACUUAGAUGAAGGUGUUGACAAUCAAAAUAACUUAAGUCCAGAGGUGAAAAGCGAACAGUCCAUCAGUGAAAUCUCAAAAGAGCUGAGUGGAAACGGUGACAUCAUUUCUUAGUGGAUCCUGCAUUUAAAAAUCUGUACAUUUGUUCUGACUUUUCUCCUUAUAAAUAUAGGAAUCUGUUGGAAGGAAGAGAUCAUUAUUUUUGUAUGUAGCGAUAACUUAAGCCUGGGCGUGAAACUAGAUUGUUGAUUAAAAGUGAGCAGUAAAAUUGGGAUUUCAGACACAUUUUGAAUCAUCACAGAUGCAAAUGCAAAUAAGGGCACUAUAUAUUAACAAGGAAGCGAUUUUAUACACGGCCCACAUUAGCACCCACCACCCUUAUAUAUGCACUACCAUUCAGAAGUUUGGGGUCACCCAGACAAUUUCACACUUUUAUCCAUGUUCUAACGUUACUCCACAAGGGUUUUCUAAUCAUCAGUGAGCCUUUCAACAGCAUUAGCUAACACAAUGUAGCAUUAGAACACAGGAGUGAUGGUUGCUGGAAAUGUUCCUCUGUACCCCGAUGGAGAUAUUCCAUUAAAAACUUCCAGCUAGAACAGUCAUUUAGCACAUUAACAAUGUCUAGACUGGAUUUAAGACUCAUUUAAUGUUAUCUUCAUUGAAAAAAAAACUGCUUUUCUUUCAACAAUAAGGACAUUUCUAAGCGACCCCAAACUGUUGUGUUUGUGAGUAUUUGGCCUUUGAAAAUGCUCAUUGUUGCUUUAAUUGAAUGUUCAAUCACUGGAGCUGUUCCAGGGUUAUUAAUGCUCAGUAAAAAAAAAAAAAAAAAAACACCUAAAAAAACAAAUACACAUGCAUUUUCUUUAUGAAUACAUUUAUUGUUAAUACCUUUCAAAUAUAAAGAAAACGUGUUGGUAGAUGUGCUGGCAGUGUUAAAUACAAAAAGUAACGUCUCUGUGACAAAUCAAACAUGAAUCUGUUUAUUAAUCAUCAACGUACAACCAAAAACUAUUGUGAUCGUGAGAAUGCAGAUAGAAAAACUGACUGCCAUACGGUUCGGGAUGAGCAUCUGUUCGUAGGUUGUUUGCUUGUUUUCCUGCAUCUCGCUGGCGACUGAACAAGCUGACAGAGAUGAAUAUUGAUGAUGUACCCUGAUAUGUGCAGCUCGUCUUCUUACGCUCCUAAUCCAUAAAGAAACUCAUGAUAGACCUGUCUUGGAAUAAGUUGUUAAUACUGGUAUAUUUUAGCCAAAUCACUCCCACAUACAGUUGACUUUGUUCAACAACCUGCUGUUAAAAUCCCUUUUCUGCCAUGUUAUCCUUCCAUAGACACCAUUGAGAAGGCAAAACACAGUGUUCUUUGGUCAUAUGUUAGUCUUUAAGAAUAAGCCAAAGUUUUAUAUAUACACAUAAACUAGUAUUUUUUUUGGGUCACUAUCCUAUCCUGACUAAGGCCUAGGGGAGGGACUGACCUAAGCUUUAUCUCCAGAGGUCAACUUUAAUGUUAAAUGUUUCUUUUUUUUGUGAGGAAAAUGAGUCAUCUAUCAAAAGAAAAGAAAAAAUUAAGACGACAAAAUGACAGUUUAGAAAACAUGACUCCAAUUACACGGAAACCACCCAAUGUUUCACAAAGGUAAACGAUUAAACAGCUGGUUCAUUUCUGGGGAGGAAUCACCAAACACAAACGUGUACAGACUGCUUAACAUACACUGAUGAUGAUUAUGGGUUCAUUGUUUAAUAUUACUGAACUGACCCAUGUUUGUGAUUGUAGCGGCGUCAGUGAUUCCCUCUCGUGUGUUAUCAUUACAUUUGAGUCACGGAGUUGAAAAAACAAGGCCGUUUAGCAACAGUAACUGCUGUUCUGAAGGUAUUUCUGGAUUUUUUUAAAGACCAAAACCAUCUGGAUGCACAAUAAAAAAAAAAGACCUACCUGUUUCCCUUGUUUGGAUUUCAAACUAAAAACAUCUUUACUCAAUUUGUACAUCAACCAAACUUAAACUCCUAUUAUUAGUAACACUGCUAUACAGGUAAUUCCUUCUAGUAUAGAUUUAAAAAGCCAUGCAUUAACAUUUUAGUAUUUAAAAAAAAAGUACAGAAUUCAGAAAAUACCUUCAGUGGAGCUGUAAGUUAUUUUAAUCGACCAUCUGGCUUUUUCUAAGAUCGGUGAGUAUUUCUGUUUCUAUCAUUGGACUCUUAGCUGUGUGAUGGUAACACAUUAGAGGCACCAACUGUGGCUACAGCAGCACCUUUAAAAGUACUUCAAGCCAAAAAGCACAAACAACAACUCUGCAAUCAGUGAUGAACGAUGAUUCCAAUAUGAUGCUGGAGUUUUCAUGUCAGUGCUACAUUGUUCUCCGUGGAGAUCUAAGAAGUUAAGGAGUGACGUACGGUAAAUACUGCAGAACACAACGAAGGAACUUGUACACAGGAGACAUAUUAAAACCACAGUUGGCACCACACUGAAAGGACAUUACAGGAUACAGUACAGAAUAAUAAAGUACAUAGAUGGUGAUUAUAUACAUACAACACUGACACAGUGAACAGAAGACAGGGUAGAGACAUGGAGGUGGCCAGAUCUGCAUCUGGAAGAAAUGAGGCAGCAGGGCGAUGAUUUAUGUCAGCCCAAUUUCUUCUAAUACACUCCGUGGUGCUUCGGCUUCCUGCAGAAAAAUAAAAGAAAGAUAAGCGUUC